GAUAAUCCUGCAAUGGCGUAACACCAACACCAUAACCUAUUUACCAAACUGAGUAAGUCGCAAGCCUGGGAACGGCUUACGAAGAACCCUAAAGUCUCCAUGUUUCGCGGGCUCGCGCUCGCGGCGCUCCUGGUCACCAGCGUCCUAGCCUCGCAACAGACGACAUGCCAGCGAGCAACAAACAACACCGAAUUCAACCCGCACGAACCGCCUGACGCCGACUCGGCCGACGGCUCGUGGUUUGAGGGCUGGUACCUUCGCGUCAGUGCCGACGACGGCAGCGGUGCCUCCUUCGGAGUCGGAAUCGGCCACUUUCCGGGCCAGGCCGGCCACCUGAGCAGCCCCACCGCAACGUGCUUCAUCCUGGUGUCCUCGGGCCCGGGCUCGGGACCAGGCGCGGCCGGCGAGCAGGUCCGGCUCUACACACGCAACUUCAACUCGCUGCACAUCGCCUCGCCCGCGCCGGCGCCGGCGCCGCCUCACUUGACCACGGCAGGGGAUUUGCAGGCGGCGGCGGCGGCAGCUGCCGGUGGCCGAACAGAGGACGCCUAUGGCGAGGAUGUAGGUAUGGAACUGGAGCGGGCGGCGACAGCGGCAGCGGCCCGGCGGGACGCCCGGCUGCGGGGGGACGUGGAAGAUGGGCAGGUCAGCUUCGAGGUGCUGACAGGCAGCAGCAGCGGCAGCAGUGGCAGUAGCAGCGACAGCAGUAGCGGUGGUGGGGGUGAGGCGCUAUGGCGCCAGCAUGCGCGUCGGCGCCUGCACGCAGCAGUAGUGGCUGCUGCUGGUGACCGGCAGCGUGCGGUCAUCAAGCCUUUCGCAAGCGACCAGCUUGACACUGAAAGCGCUGACAGCGGCGGCGGCGCUGACAGCGGCGGCAGCGACGUCGGGGACGCUGACCAUAGCAACGGUGGCGCAGGCGGCGCUAGCACACCGAACGCCGAUGACGGCGGCGACUUCUGCGCCUGGCGCGUCACGUCGGAGGGCGUGGCAGUGGCAGCGCAGCUCCAGGGCACACGGCUGCAGCUGGCCUCCUCGCCGGGCGCCUGCGCAGCCGCCGAGCCCUGGCGGGGGCCAGGCGGCUGCCAGAGCCCGGAGGGCUGGGUGUCCAAGAUAGGCUUCCUGCUGCGGCUGCGGUACGACGUACUCACGCUCCGCACACCCGUGAGCUACAGCCUGAGUGAGGCAGGCGACGGCGGUGGAGGCGGUGGAGGUGGCGGCGGCGGCGGGGGCGGGGCAGAUGCGAAGGCAGGGGAGGGGAAGCAGGAGGCAGCAGCCGGCGACGUGGCGGCGGUGACUGAGGUUGCUGGGCAGGAGGCGGAGGCGGCUGCUGAGGCAGCGCCGGGCGGGGCACAACGGGCUGACGUGGGCGCCGCCGGGAAGAACGCUGGGGGCGACGGUGACGGCGCCGGGCCGGGCGCCGCAGCGGGGCGGCUGCGGCAUGGUCGGCCGCUGCAGCUGUCGGGUUUGGGCCGCGUGCACGUGGAGAAGAACUGGGGGCAGUCCUUCCCCGACCAGUGGGUGUGGGCGCAAGGACACGGCAGCGCAGCUGGCCGCCAGACGUCGUUUGUGAUGGCUGGCGGGCUGCUGCCGCACGCGCUGUCGCCGGCGCUGCCCACCGUGCGGCAGUACGUGCUGGCCUACCACCCGCCGCCGCCCGCCCAGCCAUUCGCAGUCGACCCCUGGGACCCGCCGCUCUACUCCAGCCUGGCGGUACGCGGCUGCGACGGCGUGUUCUCACUGGAGCUGCACACGCCGCUGCACGUGGUACAUCUGGUGGCGGCGGCCGAGCCACACUCCUUCCAGGCGCUGCCGUGCCCCACCAACGCCGGAUUCAAGAACUACUCGGUGGAGUCCUUCACGGCCACAGUGCAGUUGCGCGUGCUGGAGCGGCCCUUCCCCUUCGCGCCCCCUUCCAUUGCGCGCCUGCUGCACGAGGACACCUUCACGGCCGCGGCCAUGGAGUUUGGCGGCGCCUACGUGUGCCCGGAGGCCAUGCCGCAGACGGCCGGGGUGCUGAGCGACGAGCUGGUGCGAGCCAGGGCCGGAAGGGCGCGGGGAGGAGGAAGAAGUCGGGGGGAGGCGGCGUCAGGAGAGGUGGAGGCGGAGGGGAAGGGAGGGACAGAGGGGGACGUUGUGCAGCAGUACUGGUCGCCUUGGCGCGCCCUUUGGAGCUCGGCCUGAUCGCUCAAGUUCCCGAUGGUCCCAGUGGGUUGGUAGCGCGGUAGUGCGGUGCGUUCGAAGUGAGUGUCCUUGCAGGUUUGCUCAUGCUGCUGGGACUGCGAAGGGGCUUGAAGCCUUGAACAUUGUAUUGAUGAGGGAGGCCGCAUUGGGGUUGGAUGGGCUGGUUUUGGAGUAAGAAACUAAGUGGGGGGGGGGGCGACUACUGAGACGGUGCCGACUCGUGGGGGCCGGGGGCGUGGGGAAGAGACAGGCUCAGGUAGUU